AUGACUACCUCGCCUCCCCCUAUCCCACCGAUGGUCUCAGAUUACCGCCCAGGUGGUUAUCAUCCAGUCGUUCUCGGCGACGUCUUCAACGGCCAGUACAAGGUCAUCCGGAAGCUCGGCCAAGGCUCCUACUCAACGGUUUGGCUCGCCUGUGAUAUGAAAAGUUGUGGAUAUGUCGCCCUGAAGAUCCUUGUGUCAGAAACGUCGGGAUCGACGACCGAGCUACGAAUCUUGCGCCAUAUCGCUGAAGUCGCACCGGAGGAAGGGACCCGGCAUAUCACCCAACCGUUAGACGAGUUCGACCAUCGCGGCCCUAAUGGUGUCCACAAGUGCCUGGUAUUUGAGCCUAUGGGUCCAAGUGUGAAUACUAUGGUUGAGGAGCUGCCACAGUUCAAACCUCGCAAAUUUGGAAUGAAGGUCCGCUAUCCAAUCUGGAUGGCAAAGAGUAUCCUUAAGCAAUCAUUACAGGCUCUUGCAUUUCUCCACGAAAAUGGUAUCGCCCAUGGAGACUUCCAGCCAGGAAAUAUACUCUUCACUAUUAACGAUAUCGACUCGAUCCCUGAGGAUGUACUCCAACAGGAGGAAGAUGUGCAAGCCCGGUCAAUCUCGCCCCCGGUACAGAGACUGGAUGGUAAACAUGAUGAAUGUGCUCCUCGAUAUCUCUGCGUUGCGCAGCCGCUAGUGCCUUUCACCUGCUAUGCUGAAGGAUUUAAGGUCAAAUUAUCGGAUAUGGGCGGUGCGUACUUCUUUACCGGACCCCCAACAAAGCCCAUUACUCCACUCGGACUUCGAGCUCCUGAGUUGAUUCUUACCGGAGCCGUUGGUAAUACUGUUGAUGUCUGGAGUUUCGGUUGUCUUAUCUUUGAGCUUAUAACCGGGGAGCCGCUCUUCUGUAUACCAUCGUCCAAGUUUGCAGAUGACGAUCAUCUUCUCUACCUCACUGCCAGUCUCGGCGCCCUCCCUGACGAGUUAUUGAACCAUUGGAAGACCUCGUCGCUCUACUUUACUCCCGAGAGGAAGCUCUUUAAUAGUCAAAUCGGGGGAGUUGCUCCCGGAGCGGAACCGCUUAUGGUGGAACAGACGUCCAUGGAAGAGUCAUUUGAUCAGACAUACCCGGAUCUUGAUGAGGAGGAAGCCUUCAAAGUGAAGGCGAUCAUUCGAAGGAUUUUGCAAUAUGAUCCAGCGAAUAGACCCUCGCCUGCGGAAAUCUUGAAUGAUCCAUGGUUCCGCGAGAUUAUCGAGAGCGACUAG